AUGACACGAAUGGGUUUUAUCUUCCUGCUGCUGAGUAACGCCACGUCAGUCUCCACACAGUUUAAUGGAUACAACUGUGACGCCAACUACCACAGCAGGUUUCCAGGUGAAAGGGACAUCAGUGUGUACUGCGGGGUUCAGACCAUCACUUUGAAGAUCAACUUCUGUCCUGUUCUCUUCUCCGGCUACACCGACGCAGAUUUGGCCCUCAACGGCCAUCACAGCGAAGCCCAGUGUCGCGGCUUCAUCAACAACAACACUUUCCCCACAGCACUUCUGUUCAGCAUCAGCCUCAGCACUUUGGAGGCCUGCGGCAACAGUCUGGUGGUCAGCACAGCCUACGGGCCCACUGCCUAUGGGAACAUGUCUCUUGUACAAAUUGGGAAUAUAUCAGGCUACAUCGACACCCCUGACCCACCAACUAUAAUCAGCUAUCUGCCUGGUUUGUUGUAUAAAUUCAGUUGCAGCUACCCGCUGGAGUACCUGGUCAAUAACUCACAGCUGGCAUCAUCCUCUGCAGCUGUGUCUGUCAAAGACAGCAACGGUACUUUUGUGAGCACGCUCAGUAUGAUCCUGUACAACGAUUCAGCAUACAAUCAGCCUCUCUCUAUCCCCAUGGCUGGACUGGCUCUGAAAACCAGAGUAUUUGCUGCUGUGAAAGCCACAAACUUAGACAAACGGUGGAACAUUUUGAUGGACUACUGUUACACAACCCCCUCAGGGAAUCCUAAUGAUGAACUCCGCUAUGACCUUUUCUUUGGUUGCUAUAAAGACCCCCAGACGACAGUUUUGGAGAAUGGGAAGAGCCAGAUGGGCCGUUUUUCCUUUGAGGUUUUCCGUUUUGUUAAACACAGACACCAGAAGAUGUCGACUGUGUUUUUGCACUGCGUCACCAAGCUUUGCCGGGCCGAUGACUGCAUCAUGUUAAUGCCUAUCUGUGGGCGGCGGCGCAAAAGGGAUGAAGAGGAGACCCCUGAUUCCAUGGCAGCAGCAUCAGGGAACGCCAUCCUCUCUGCCGGUCCAAUCAUCACCAGGAGUGAUGAAACUCCUGUCAACAACUCCCAGCUCGGUAAGUUCUCUGGAGAUCUCUCCCAGCCAAUGAACCCAGUGACCAGUGCUCUGAUCUCAGGUGUGGUCAUCCUGGGUGUGGUCAGUGUGUGCUUCUUCCUGCUGUUGCUCCGCUUCCUGCUGAAGCCCCGCCCCCCAGCGACAACAGCAGCCUCAGUUGUGGUGCAUUUGACCUCUCAGGGCCACCGUACCAUCAUGGGCUACAGAGGGUUAUGGUGCUCCAUUGAUGAGCUGACUACCACGCUGGAGAAUGGAGAUAGCCAGAAGGCUCUCUUCUACUUCCCAGUGUUCCGCUUCAUUGAGCAACAGAAUGAGACCAUCUCCACCUGCUAUCUGCACUGCAUCACCCGACUCUGUGAGUGCACUUCCUGCAGCACCUUCAAGCAAUGCCAGAGGAAGAGGAGGAGCAUGAGGAGCACAGGGACCACAGUGGUCCAGGAGGGCAUCGCUGAGCCGUCUGUGCUCACAGUGGCUAUAAGAACCCGCUGUCUGGUGGACGGUCUGAUGGAAAGGGCGCAUCUUUUGCCCUGGGAAUGGUCGCUGCUCUACUCACUGUGGCACGGCUGGCAGCCAUUUUGA